GCAGGACUAGUUUUUUUUUUUUUGAAGAAAACUUACUAGUUAAAUUCAUUAACAUCCUCCACCCACACACACACACACACAUAUAUAUAUAUAUAUACAUAAAUAAAUAUAUCAAUAUAUAGAUAUAUAUAUAUAUAUAUAUAUUGAUUCUUUCUCUUUAUUUCUUCGUCUUUUUAAACGAUGGGCUCACGACACCAACAGAGACAUCUUCUUAGAGGAGGACCCGAACAAGAAGAUGCCACAACAUUAAAGCUUGGAGAAGAAUUCGCCAAUGCCCAGUGUCUGUAUAUAUCUGAAGUACGAAUCCUUUUGGAAGCUCAUGUUGAUUCCAAGGAGAAUGGAAGCGUGACACGUCAAACGACAAAUGUGAUGCAAAAGACACUCGAAUAUGUCAGAGCAUUCAGUCGGUUCAGUAACAGAGAUUCUGUACGUGAAGUACGCCAGUUACUUGGUAAAGAUGAUCUGGCACCUUUUGAGAUGUCGCAAUUGGCUAAUUUGUGCUGUGAAGAUGCCGAGGAAGCAAAGGCAUUGAUCCCAAGUUUGGCCAACAAGGUUGAGGAUGAUCAGCUACAGGAAAUGCUGAACCAAAUGUUGACCAUUAAGAAGUUCCAGGGUUAACGAGUAAAAGAUACAGAACAUACAAAACAUACAAAUGUAAAGACGUACAGAUAUACAGAUAUACAAAAAAAAUACAGACAGACAGAAAGAGACAGAAAGAGAAAAGGGUUGAUAGAGAAAAUGAAUAGUAAAACAUAUAUACAUAUAUAUUGUUCACCAAAAAAGGAAAAAAGAAAAUGAAGACUUUUUUUUUAUUUAUUUUAUUUUUUUGAUUCAUACUCUUCGUUCAUUAAUCCCAAAACCAUGUAACAUAUUUUUAUUUUAUUUUUAUUUUUAUUAUUUCUAUAUUUUAUUUUAACUAUUUUAUUAUUUUAUGUUUUUUUUUUGAAUAUUGAGUUUUGGCCAUAUAUAUAUACUAAAUACAUAAACACAAGUUUAUAUAUG